GUGCGGCGCGGCGACUGUCAGAAAUCGGUGGAUUGCGUUGCUGUUUCGGUGAGCGACGACGUGUGCGGUUUGCUCCUUUUUUUCGAUAAAUUCCUGCCCAAAAUCCGCAUGUGGAUAGUGCUUCUGAUUCAAUUUGUGGAAUAAAACCUGUGAAUUUGAUAGUGUGCUAGUUAAACAGAGUGAAAAUGGCUACGGAACGCAAAGGAACCUUCAAGGUGGAAUACCUGCAGAAGAUCGAACGGGAAAUGCAGGAGCGAUGGGAUCAGGAAAAGUUGCAUGAAAGCGAUGCAGCGGAUAAACCAAGAAGCAGUCCGGACGAUAAGUUUUUGGUGACGUUCCCAUUUCCAUACAUGAACGGCCGGCUGCACUUGGGCCAUACGUUUUCGCUUUCGAAGGCGGAAUUUGCCGUGCGGUACAACAGGCUGAAGGGUAAGCGAGUGCUGUUUCCCUUUGGGUUCCAUUGCACGGGGAUGCCGAUCAAGGCCUGUGCGGAUAAGUUGAAGAGGGAGAUGGAAACUUUCGGAUGUCCACCGGUGUUUCCGGCGGAGAAAGAAGUGGAAGUGGUGGAAGAGAAGGACGUGGUGCCGAAGGAUAAAAGCAAGGGCAAGAAGAGCAAAGCCGUUGCUAAGGCAGGAGCUGCGAAAUUCCAAUGGCAGAUUAUGCAAAGUCUGGGUUUGAAGGAUGAAGAGAUCAAGAAGUUUGCCGAUACGGAUCACUGGCUGGAGUAUUUCCCACCGUUGGCUAUUCAGGAUCUGAAAGCGAUUGGAUGUCACAUCGACUGGAGGAGGACGUUCAUUACGACGGAUGCCAAUCCGUUCUUUGAUUCGUUUGUGAGAUGGCAGUUCAAUCACCUGAAGGCCCGGGGAAAGAUCAUGUACGGCAAGAGGCACACCAUUUAUUCGCCGAAGGAUGGCCAGCCUUGCAUGGAUCACGACAGAUCAUCCGGAGAGGGUGUUGGUCCGCAGGAGUAUACUUUGAUCAAGAUGAAGGUAACAGGGAAGCUACCGGCCAAGCUAGCUUCCGUGAAGACCGGCGUCUACCUGGUUUGUGGCACGCUGAGACCGGAGACCAUGUACGGACAAACCAACUGCUGGGUCCAUCCGGAUAUCAAGUAUAUCGCUUUCGAGACCACCCGAAACGGAGAGGUUUGGAUUUGCACUCGUCGUGCCGCCCGAAACAUGGCUUACCAGGGCUUCACCGCCGUCGAAGGCCAAGUCAAGGAAAUUGCCGAAUUGACCGGGCAGGAAAUCAUGGGACUCGCUCUGGCCGCUCCUCUUACUCCAAACAAAGUGAUCUACACGCUUCCUAUGCUGUCGAUCAAGGAAGACAAGGGUACCGGAAUUGUCACGUCUGUUCCAUCAGAUUCCCCGGAUGAUUACGCAGCUCUGCUGGAUUUGCAAAAGAAGGCUGCCUUCCGAGAGAAAUACUCCAUUACGGAUGAAAUGGUCCUGCCCUUCGAACCCAUCCCGAUCAUCGAAGUGCCUGGUCUUGGAAAGCUGAGCGCCGUCUAUGCUUACGAUAAGUUCAAGGUCCAAAGUCAGAACGAUCGCGACAAGCUGCAAGAGGCAAAGGAACUCGUCUAUCUGAAGGGAUUCUACGACGGAGUGCUUCUCGUCGGAGAAUACGCCGGCAAAAAGGUUCAGGACGUUAAAAAGGAUCUCAAGCAGUACCUGGUCGAUCGGAACGAGGCCGACACCUACUACGAGCCGGAGAAAACGAUCAUGUCCCGAUCGGGCGAUGUCUGCGUGGUGGCCCUCUGCAACCAGUGGUACCUUAACUAUGGCGAAGAAAAGUGGCAAAAGACCACCACCGACCAUCUGCACACCAUGCAGGUCUAUCACGACGAAGUCGCCCGGAAUUUCGAGCACUGUCUCGACUGGCUGCACGAGUACGCCUGCUCCCGUACGUACGGUCUGGGAACGAAACUGCCGUGGGACGAACAGUGGCUGAUCGAAUCGCUGUCCGAUUCGACGAUCUACAUGGCGUUCUACACGGUUGUGCACCUGCUGCAGGGUGGGUCGUUCCGCGGAGAGAAACCAAGUCCGCUGGGAAUUACGGCGGCCGACAUGACCGCCGAAGUUUGGGAUUACAUUUUCUUCAAGGAGGCUAAGCCGCCGGGUUCGUCCAAGAUUAAGAAGGAACAGCUGGAGCUGCUCAAGAAGGAGUUCAACUAUUGGUACCCGGUUGAUCUGCGUGUAUCCGGCAAGGAUCUCAUCCAAAACCAUUUGACUUUCUUCCUGUACAACCACGUCGCCAUGUGGCCGAACGAUCCAUCCAAGUGGCCCCGUGGUAUCCGUUGUAACGGUCAUCUGCUGCUCAACUCGGCCAAGAUGUCCAAAUCGGAGGGCAACUUCCUGACGCUGUACGAGGCAAUUGCCAAAUUCAGCGCCGAUGGUACUCGGCUGUGUCUGGCCGAUGCCGGCGACAGCAUUGAAGAUGCUAACUUUGUGGAAAGUACUGCCGAUGCCGGAAUCCUCCGCCUGUACACGUUCAUCGAAUGGGUGAAGGAAACCCUAGCAGCCAAGGCCAUGCUCCGUAAGGGAUCGCUGGACGACCUGAACGAUGCCGUGUUCAUGAGCGAGAUGAAUUUGAAGGUGAAGGAAACGGACGAGUACUACCAGAAGAUGUUGUACAAGGAAGCCCUCAGAACGGGAUUCUUCGAGUUCCAAUCAGCGCGUGACAAGUACCGCGAGCUGUGCGGUUCCAACGGGAUGCACGUGGAGCUGGUGAUGGAAUUCAUCCGUCGUCAGGCGCUGCUCAUUGCACCGAUUUGCCCGCACGUAGCCGAACAUGUCUGGCAGCAGUUGGGCAACAAGACCAGCAUCCUGAAGGCGACGUGGCCUCAGGUGGGUACCAUUGACGAGCAAAAGAUCAAGUGCUCGGCGUACUUGAUGGAUGCCGCCCACUCGUUCCGAGUCAGUCUGAAGGCCAUCUCGCAGACUAAGGUCAAAGCCGGAAAACCCGUCUCCGCUCCAGCCACGAUCAAACCGAGCGAAGGAACCAUUUGGGUGGCCAAGUCGUUCCCACCGUGGCAGAGCUGCGUGCUGGACACGAUGCGCGAACUGUACGAAAAGAACAAUGCCCUGCCGGAUAAUAAGGUCAUUUCCAUGGAACUGGGCAAGAAGGAACUGCUCAAGAAGUACAUGAAGCGAGUGAUGCCAUUUGCCCAGAUGGUCCGGGAACGCGUCGAGUCCGCUGGUGGACCGGGCAAGAGCGCCAUGGACGUCACGCUGGACUUUGACGAACGGGAAGUGCUGGAAAAGAACAUUAGCUAUCUGAAGAAUACGCUGGAGGUGGAAACGCUGAACAUCCGCUUCACCGACGAGGCAGAUGCUCCGGAAAAGAUGAAGGAAGAAGUGCGACCGGGUGCGCCGUACAUUGUCUUCACGGUGAAGCCUUUUGUGACCGUGACGCUGGAAAACCCAAUCGAGCGGUCCGGGCUGUUUACCGUGAAUCUGAAUCUGUGCGAAGGGGACACAAGCGUCGUCUUCCGGGAGAAACUGGCCAAGCAGAUUGAAUUCAAUGCUGAUCUGUCGGCAUUGGAAAUUCUACGGUUCGAAGAUCCUAUCAUGGGUCCCAGGAAACCGCCAACCUUCCAGGACUAUCGUAACGGCAAACUGACCGUUGAGAAUGGCACAUUCAGCAUCGACGUGGACAAGAAGCAGCUGUUCCUCAGUAAUGGCAGCAUCAAGAACCUGAAUGUUGGUACCAGUUUCAUUUACGUUAUCAACUAAGGUGAGUUAAUUUAUCGAAGGUAUAUCUAUAGGUGCACCCGUAAUCUUAUGACUAUGAAUUAAAGGCAAAUACAGCUUGCUAAUCGUUUAAUAUGA